CUCACCAAUUGCACUUCUCCCAGAUUUCAGCAGUCGCCUACCUACCUUUGACAAAAUGUUCAAGAUCGCUCUUAUCGCAUCUUUGGUUGCUGUAGCUUUCGCUCAGCGAUAUGGACAUGGAGGCUAUGGUGCUCCAGCUCCAUCAUACGGACAUGAUGACUACGCCCAGCCCAUCCCCUACCAAUAUGGCUUCGACAUCGUAGGAGGAGAUCAUCACUCCGGAGACUUCAAACAAACCCGACAGGAGCAUGGAGAUGGUCACGGCAAUGUCCAAGGAAGCUACGGAUACACCGACGCCCAUGGAAACUACAGACAGGUCGACUACGUUGCUGAUGCCCAUGGUUUCCGCGCUAACGUCAGGACCAACGAGCCUGGAACUGAAAACCAGAGCCCCGCUGAUGUUGAGCUCCAUGCCCAACCCCAACAUGGUGGAUAUGCUCCCCGACCAUCCUACGGACACUCACUCUAUUAAAUGACUUAGGACUUGUAAAUUUAUUUAAUUGCCUAGGAAACUUUCCAAAUCUGCUCAAGGACUCCUCUCUUGCUUUGAAGCCAUGGCUGCCCUGCGGUUCUUCAGCAGCUGCUGGACGUGCUCUUAAUCUGUAGCUAUAGGAGAUGUGUCGUCUUUAUUGGAGAGGACAGCACAGAUGCAAACACAUGCUCUGGCUCCUCUCCUUACAUGUUAUGUGUUAUUUAUGCCUCUACGUUUUGUACAGUCUGACGCACAAAAUAAA